AUGGCUUCUGGUGAUUUCUGCUUACCUGGAGAAGAGAUGAAAAUACUUCAAGUAUGCAGCAAACAGCUGCCUCCUUGUAACUUGAGUGAAGAGGACCUGUUACAGAACCCAUACUUUGGCAAGCUACUACUGAGUCUUUCACAGCAUAUGGAUGAAAGUGGUUUAAGCCAUGCCUUGGCAAAGGAGCAGGCUCAGGCAUGGAAAGAUAUUCGGCUGCAUAAGACAUCAUGGUUGAGGUCAGAGAUUCUGCAAAGGGUCAUCCAAGAGCUACUUGUGGACUACUAUGUGAAGGCACAAGACACAAAUAUAACCUCCGAAGACAAGAAGUUUCAUGAGACCCUUGAGCAGCGGCUGCUAGUGACUGAACUGACACGGCUCAUAGGUCCCAACCAGGAAAAGGAGAUGCCUUCAUUACUUGGACUGGAGAAAGCAGACCUGCUGGAGCUCAUGCCGCCUUCAGAGGACUUUAUGUGGAUGAGAGCUCGACUCCAGCUCGAAGUGGAGGAGCAGCUCAAGAAGAAGUGUUUCACCCUGCUCUGCUACCAUGAUCCCAGUUCUGAUGCAGACAGCGAAACCCUGAAGGCAGCAAAGAUGUGGAAACUAGCUGAGGUGUUGAAGAGUGAGAAGCAGCAGUGCCAGGACACAAAGAGCCAGCAGACAGAGCGAAUGGUGCUGUUGGAGAAGCAGAGUGCUACCUACUCCCAGGUACUUCUCCGGUGCCUUGCUUUACUGCAGAGGCUUCUUCAGGAACACCGGCUAAAGACUCAGUCGGAGCUAGACCGAAUCAAUGCCCAGUACUUGGAGAUCAAGUGCAGUGCCAUGGUCCUUAAGCUGAGGAUGGAGGAGCUAAAGAUUUUGUCUGACACUUAUACUGCUGAAAAAGUAGAAGUUCAUCGUCUCAUUAGGGACCGUUUGGAGGGGGCCAUUCGCCUACAGGAGCAAGACAUGGAAAAGUCUCGGCAGGUGUUGAACACCUAUGAGGUCCUCGGGGAGGAAUUUGACAGGCUCGUGAAAGAGUACACCGAACUCAAACAGGCAACUGAGAACAAACGCUGGGCUCUCCAGGAGUUCAACAAAGUCUACCACUGA